AUGAAGGCUCUAUCAUCUAUUGAAGCAGCAGCUGACUCUUUAAAAGAUGGAGCUAUCGAAUGUGAAAUGGUCCGUGUACUCCGAGAUCAUUCAGACAGAUUUCUAGUACUUUAUGACCACAUAUACAGGGAGCAAAGUAAAAUAGACUUUCUUAGACAGUCAUUAAAUCGACGCUGCAUUGAAUUAGAUGCAUUUGUUCAGGAACGAGAUAACGUUGGUGCCUUCAUAAGGAUGUGCUCAACACUCAAGCAAGUGAAUCUAGUUGAAUUGUUGAAGAAGACGGAGGUUGAUCCUUCUAAAUUGCUGAUUAAAGACCUUGUGCAAUCAUCGAUUGUCAGGGGUGAUGUGAUACCAGAGGUAAUUUUCUUUGGUCUUUCACCUGACUCGAAGUCAAUGGUCUUCACUUUAAGUCGACUUCGCGACUCCACUUUAUUGAGGCAGUUUUGGGAGCAAAAUGGAAGCAAAGCACUCACGAUUAUUGCACAAAGAGGAGGGCAAAAUACUUCUAUAACUGUUGCAGAUGUUCUGGAGUUAGUUUGGAUACCGUCUAAAAAGCAGCUUCUGUCUUUGAAACAGCGUUUUCUAAGUGGUGAAAUUCCGUUUAAGGACGUAGACAAGUUGCUUGAACUAUUCGACAACAAGUAUGAAGAUCUUGCGCAAGAAAUCCGCAUCAUUUCUUCAAACAAUGGACGACAAGAUCAUUUGCUCGAAGAAAAAAUCGGGCAACGCAUGAGGAAGAUAAAGCAGUACCACAAAUUAUCAAGAACGCUGUCGGUCUUGAAGAUAGUUUUAAAAUAUCAUCCCUCUAUUUCCUUUAAAAAAUUGUCUUCUCAGAUGGACAGAAAUUUCAAACAGAGGCCGUUGCAAAGCAUGAAUGAUGCCUUAGAGAGGACGGGCAAUUUAUUAUCUGGAAUAACAGAUAACCACGCAAAAUCCCUUGAUGUUGUUACCCAAUGUCAAGACUUCAUUUUAUGGUUGAAGGAGACCAUCAAAGGGCCUCAAGAACUCAAGGUGCUUGUGGAUUUGGCAAUUAUAUCAGAUGCGGAGAAAGGCCUGGAAACUGCGAGAAUAACCCGCUUACAUGCUAGCUGCUUAGGAUUUGCUCCCCUUAUUUUUGACUUGGAAACUUCCUUUGGCUUCAAAGACUUGAUGGAAUUGUGUAAACCAGUGUGGAAUGCUGUGGAUGCAGACCCCGACCUCCCUGAUAAAUUGCUGGAAACCAGCCUUCAGAUAGAAUGGAUAAAGGGUGUCAGAACGUCCCACGGUUCGGUGGCCGUUUCCUCCCUGCUGGAGGCUGAGACAAUAAAUUUACAUGGCGUCUACUGUGUUGGAUGUCUUAAUGGAGAUACUUCAAGAUCAACAACAAUGGAGCAACUGACUCCUGAAAAGGUCAUUCAACUCCGGAUGCCUGCUGGGGACAAUGAGCAUAGCAAGAGUUACACUCUUAACGAUCUGAAGGAUUUGCAGAGCAAACUGAUGCUUAUUGCGGCCAAGGCAUCGAAAGGAAAAGACGAAAUAGACAGAUUUUCAGACAUUCUGCAAUGUGUCCUGCGACUUGCUGCAGUGUACAUUUCACUUUGCAAAGCAGGAGAAGUGAGUCAUCUAAACUGGAGACGUGAAUUUCAUUGUUCACCAAGACUUACCACGAACCCCUCUCUGACAGAUGAGCUAAUGGGUGAAAGUGAACAAAUGGAACAAUGUCUUCAAGACUGGAAACGUGAAUUACGGGUAAAACGAUUGCAAUAUGGCCAAUUAAAUCACUUCACCACAGGCCAGUUGCUUUUCCUUCGGCACGAAUUAGCAGUUGUGAAGGGAAGAGGUCCCAGAGCAGUAGAUGGUGUACCUCUUGAGGUGUAUAAUCUCUUGGAGAGUGUGUUGCCAGGUAUUGACCCAGCCACUUUGAAGUCUGCCCUUGUAUUCAGUGGCAUUUGUCCUCAAGAAAGUGGGCAGGAUAUCAUCAGGUCGUACGGCGUAAGCAGUGAAAGUCACCAUCGGAGUGAACAAAUGAGCAGACCUGUCAAUGCAAGGACACUGCCUUAUUCAAACCAAGAAAUGUUCCAAUCACUUGUGGAUAAGCUAGAGUCGCUUGGUUAUUCUGAAGAAGUUGCUAUAGCCGCGAUGGUCUCAUGCAAAGAUGCCAGUGAGGCAGAUCUUAUCGUUUGGAGUGUGAAAAACAGCGCAAAUGAGGAACUGAUCACUGCUAAAUACGCCGAGGCACUGAGUGAUCCAACGUAUGCGCGACUUUUAGAGGGUGAAAGCAUCACACCCCUUGAAAAAAAAAGCCAUUCAAAGGGGGAAGUGGCAUUUGAAGAAGAAAAUUCUUCAGAACCUAUGGAAACUACUUUCACCUUCGACCAGACUGCAGGAGGAAAGUUUUUGAGUCUUGAUGACCUGGGAAAUCUUUUGCUUCAUCUAGCGUCACAAGGAUCUAAAGGACGAAGAAGGCUCAUUCCAAUGUAUCUCAAACGUGGAAAGCCUAAUUUUAUGGUUGUUCCAAAAGAUGACGUCAUUGGAACUUUACUGUCUUUAUACAUGCAUGACAGUUCGCAGUCUCUACCCACGGCAGAGGAAGUUUUGAUCUGUACUCCAGACACAACGACAGAAGAGAUUGAAUUAUUGUGGCGAAGAUCCCUGGCAGACCACGAUGGCAGGUUGUUUUGUCUGGUAAACGUUGACCUUCUUGAUUACAGUGUUUCCCAAAAGGCUGCCGACGUCUUAGAUGUUUUUCUGCAUGAGCCUCAAUACAGUCGAAAUGAGGACGUGUCUCUUGUGGUUAUCUGUAGUUCCGAAAAUGAAGACAGAGCUCACAUGGCUGCAGCUCUUGAUCAGUACAGGCUUGGCACUAUUCCCCAUUGUCGUUCGUCCGGAGAGAUAAGGCAGUACCUGAAAGAACAGUUCAAGCCACGUACUCAACAACAAGGAAAGUUCAGAGGUCGAACAUUGCCUUGGAUUCCUGCAGCUGCAUUAGACAGAGAAGGGCUAGCUGUAAGAGUUAUAUCAUCAGAAAGAGCUGGAUCUGGGAAAAGUUUAGCUGUUUGUCGACUCAGCCAACGCCUUAGUAAACUUCAAAAUAAUGAAACAGUAAUGGACUACCUGAGGGACAUGAAUACCGAUAUGCCACUUUGCAUUAAUGUACCGAUUUAUGGACCGAUUAUUCACCAAAGUGCUGUGGUCGAGUCCUUAUUGCACCACACCGUUGCUCCUGAUUUACCUGUAUCCAGAAUAUUUCACUUUGAUGUGCAUCCCUCGGUCAGAACUGGUCUGGAUACACUUCUGUUUAAUCUGUUUAUCCUUGGUGCCUUGAAGAGUUGUACUGGUCAGAUCUGGAGGCGUCGAUCUUCCGACCUCUAUGUUAUUGAAAUUACUUCAGGCCUACCUCGAGGGGAAAACCAAACUGCUGAGAAACGACUUAAGACUGCAAAGGUUGUUAGUUCCAAGAAAGUCACAGCAGAGCCUUUUUACAGGCUUCUUCCCACUAUUCAUUGUGGAACACCUAUGCAAACAUUAUUUAAAUUGAGAACUAAUCCAACAGCUGGCAAGAGUUUGGACCCCUUGUUUGACGCUGCUGAAUUUAAGAGCUCGUAUGUUCAGCGAGCCUUUCAGUACCUCAAGUUGUGUGACGCCGGAGGCCAAAAUCUGGAUACUUUCUGCUUUGUACCCGGUCAAGUGAUGGGUGACCAUACAGAGUGCAUUGAGAUACUCACCAGAAAUUGUGGUAUCGAGAACCCUUCGUGGGCGGAGAUACGCCACUUUGUGAACUUUCUCAACUCUCAGCUACAAACCUGUGAAGACAGCUCGUUCUGUAACAUGGAGUUGGUAGGAGACACUCUUGAGGGUUUUAGAAGCUUUGUGGUUCGUUUUAUGGUUUUAAUGUCACGGGAUUUUGCCACACCAUCCCUAAAUUCUUGCGAACAAACCACUUACACUCCUGGCACGGAUGAUGAUGCGGUCGAUGAUGAAGCAGCAGCUGUAGUUACACAGUUUACUCUCAGAAGACAUUGGGAAACUAGUUCGCAUCCGUACAUAUUCUUCAACCAGGAUCGCAUCACUAUGACUUUCGUUGGCUUUCAUAUUGACCCAAAUGGGAACUUAAUCGAUCCAGAUCGUCAUGUUAUCAUUCAGCAAAAUUUGAUGUCGAGGCACUUGCGUACUGGCCUCCAUGUUCAAAAGGUUGACAUGCAAACCAACUAUGAAUCUUGGAGCAAGGCCCAGAAGAUUGAGAAACUCUGUGGUGUAAUGGGUGUCGAAUGGCCGUAUGAUCCAGACGACUCGUACGAACUCACCACGGACAACUUGAAGAAAAUUCUAGCCAUCCACAUGCGAUUCAGGUGUGGCAUUCCUGUGGUCAUCAUGGGUGAGACUGGCUGUGGCAAAACAUGCCUUAUUCGGUACAUGUGUGGCUUACAAUCUGGGCCUGGUGGACCUAAAAACAUGCUGCUAAUGAAGGUUCAUGGAGGUACUACCUACGAAGACAUUAAAAAGAAAGUGGAAGAUGCUGAGGCAAUGGCCACGGAGAACGAAACGUUGAACAUCGACACAGUUUUGUUUUUUGACGAAGCUAACACAACUGAUGCCUUAGGAAUGAUCAAGGAGGUUAUGGUUGAUCGCAGAGUCAACGGCAGAAAGAUAGGAGUAGGGCUCAAAAGGCUGCAGUUUAUUGCAGCGUGUAAUCCUUACAGAAAACAUACGGACGAAAUGAUUCAUAAGUUGGAGUCAGCUGGACUAGGGUACCAUGUUGCCACUCAACAGACACGCGAUCGCCUGGGUCACAUUCCUCUUCGCCAUCUGGUUUACAGAGUUCAUGCACUGCCAGAGAGCAUGCGUCCGUUAGUGUGGGACUUCGGUCAGCUUAAGCCUGAAAUUGAGGAGCUUUACAUCCGUCAAAUUGUCACCAGAUUUGUUUUACAAGAAGCGAAAAUUCCGGGAGAGCCUCCACUGGUGAAAGCCUUGACAGCCAUACUUACAGCUUCCCAGCGUUACAUGAGACACCAAACGGAUGAAUGCAGCUUUGUGAGUCUUCGCGAUGUAGAACGUGCUAUGAAUGUGAUGGUUUGGUUUUACAAUCAUCGUGAUGCUCUCAAUCCCUUAAUGGAUGGUGCUACCGAUGAAGACAGUGAUGACGAAGAUGACGACGAUGACGACAGCGAUGCCGAUGAUGAGGAGGAUGAAAUAUUUCAACCUCUUGAUGAUGUUACUCGAGCACUUGUACUCUCCCUUGGAGUUUGUUACCACGCACGCCUCCAAGACAGAGAGCCAUUUCGUCGUGCCGUUGCAAGAAGCUUCGCAAAUCCGUGUCAACUACCAGGUGGACAUGAACGUAUUCUGCAGGAAAUCGCAAGCUGUCAGAAGGCAGUACUAAAUGAACUGAAACUAGGGGAUAACAUUGCUCGCAAUACGGCCUUGAGCGAAAACGUAUUCAUGAUGGUGGUAUGUAUUGAGCUGAGGAUUCCAUUGUUUGUCGUUGGUAAACCGGGUAGCUCCAAGUCACUUGCCAAGACUGUUGUAACUGACAACAUGCUUGGAGAUGCCUCAAGGUCUCCUCUCUUCAAGACGUUCAAGCAGGUACAGAUGAUUUCUUAUCAGUGCAGUCCGCUCUCAACUGCAGAAGGGAUCAUGGCAACCUUCCGCAAUUGCUGCAACCUUCAGAAAGCCAAUAACCCAGACAAGUAUGUGUCAGUUGUGGUCUUGGACGAGGUUGGCCUCGCUGAAGACUCACCUUUGAUGCCCCUGAAAACUCUUCAUCCGCUACUUGAAGAUGGGGUGAACUCAACUGAUGACGUCAUUGCCACUGAAGGGCACUUUCCGGAAAGAGUGGCCUUCAUUGGGAUCUCUAACUGGGCUCUAGACCCUGCCAAAAUGAACCGUGGAAUUAUGUUAUCACGUGGUCUGCCUGAUUCAGAGGAACUGGUGGAAAGUGCAAUGGGCAUUUGUUCCACCAAUAGACGAAUACAAAGUUUUGUUGCACCACUUAUGAAUCCCCUGGCAAGAGGUUACGAACAAUUGUACGAUACUCAAAGACGGUCUGAGACCUUGCAGGAGUCCAAAAAAGAUGAAUUUUUUGGUCUUCGGGAUUUUUACAGCCUUGUGAAGAUGGUGUACAAAGUUGCUGAGGAGCAAGGUCGCGAGCCACGUUGGCCUGAGGUAGAACAUGCCAUUAGAAGAAACUUUGGGGGACUGGAUGAGAUUAAACCUGUGGAAAUUUUCAAACAAUUCGCUUUGGGUGAAAGCCGUAUGAUGGAGCAAAAUGAAGAUCUGUCGUCUGCUUUGAAUCUGAUCAAGGCAAGCCUGAGAGAUCAAAAGGACACGAAAGGAGAGAGUCGAUACCUACUGGUACUUACAGAAAAUUAUGCCGCUCUGCCGAUUGUUUGGAAAGAGUUACUUCGAAGUGGUGAUGAAACUCGACCUGGUGACGAACCUGUCGUAAUUUUUGGGAGUAGCUUUCCGAAGGAUCAGGAGUACACACAGGUCUGCCGAGACAUUAAUCGAAUUAAGGUAUGCAUGGAGACAGGACGGACUGUAAUCCUUCUGAAUUUAGAGAGUCUCUACGAGAGUCUCUAUGAUGCUUUGAAUCAGUACUAUUUGUAUUGUGGAGAUCAGAAAUUUGUUGACCUUGGACUAGGAAGUCACCGCGUCAAGUGCCGUGUACACAAUGAUUUCAGACUCGUUGUGAUUGCCGAAAAAGACGUCGUUUACAGCAAGUUUCCAAUACCUCUCAUCAAUCGCCUGGAGAAACAUUAUCUUGUGACAUCAGCCAGUCUCAGUCCUGCACAAAAAAGUGUUGUAGAUCAACUCAAUGAUUGGGUCAACAGAUUUUCUCACGUCAACAUUCCGCGACAUCAACAAAUGAGGAAAUAUUUGCCUGGUGAUGCAUUUGUCGGUUACCACGACGAUACUGCAGCAUCAGUAGUGCUACAAGUAUGCAGUGACUUAGACGAGGAUGAACUGUACAAUCGUUUCAAGGACAAGAAUUUUUCGGAAAGGGUCCUGAAGGAAUCCCAGGAAUUGCUGAUGCAGUGCGCUACACCUGAUGCUGUGGCGAGGUUGAUUCAUACAGAGCUUGCUACACAGGCAGACGAACUAUGGGAGAUUUACUUUACAGGCCAGGAACAUUCAAGUUUAACAGCUUUCCUUCGAAAUGUGUUAACAACAGAAGAAAGGAAACUGAGUCAGCCUGGAGGAACUUUGAUUCAGGUGACGACUCAUGCCAGGUUGCUAUCGUCGAAUGAUUUGAAAGAUAUUUCAUCUGCUACCUCUUUGCCAUUGUCAAACGUCUCAUGUCUAAGUCUGCAGCAGUUCCACACAGAACAACAGUUCUGCUCAUCUGUAAGGGACUUUUUUGCGAAACUUGGUGGAAGAGAGGGAUUGCUCAUGGUCCAGUGUGACGCUGGAGAUCUUAAUAGCAAACUGAUCCCCUGUGCUCGUCACUUGCUAGUGGAACAAAGAACCACAGCAGAGCAAGAUUUUCAGGAAAGCGUUGGGCGUGCUUCCUCGUCAUUCGUGCAUAUUGUUCUCAUCAUUCAAUUGCCUCGUCUAGUUGGAGGUUGUCCAACGUUUGCUGGUUUUCAGGGAGGACGCUGGAUAUCUGUCCACAUCGAUGAACUUCGCCCACCGACAGGUCAAAUACCAGCCAUCCAGUUUAUGGUGGACCGGUCAAUCAGUAACUUGUUUGACGUAGCACCGACCAUCACACGGGCUGAUGAUAUGGAAGUUGAAGAGGAAGAGGAAACAGAGGCUGAUAUCGACAUGGAGGCGUCGAAUGCUGUUUCCGGGACUGAUGCCAUUUUGGAUAAAGUAGAUAUUGUCAGUCUUGUGAGAAGCUGUAUUCAAGCUGCCGUUGCAAGACUUGACGAAGAGUCCUGGCGUCCGUCACGAUCGACACGCCGGAUUGAACUGAUGUUAAGUCUUCUCCCGGACUGCAGAUCCAGUGGGACUGAUUUGUCAUUUGCUACCGUUUUGUCUCGGCGAAUCCACAAACUUCUUGAAGAAAAGGAUAAGCGGGCUGGGAUGAAAGCCACUGACUGGUUACGCUCAGAAGCUUUGAGUGGUACCGGGAUCCAAGAAAAUGGAACAUUCAGAAAAGCGCUAUGGCAGAGAAUAUAUUUGUCUGUAAUACCAAUUCUCUCUGAAGUUAUAGCCCUUGUAGACCGCGAUUCUAACUUGGAACUUGUGAUGGGUGAAGGUACCUGGUUUUCACGCCUUUGGAUAUCACUUUUCCAAAGCCAAGAUAUAGUUGAACUUCAGUACGAUAGCUUUCUGUCCCUUGAGAGUGGCAUCAUAAGGGAGCGCGUGCCAGUAAUGACUUCUGCGUGUGAAAGACAAAAUUUUGACCUGCAGUUUCCUUUCUCAUGGCUGAUCAAAGAGAGAAUUGAUGCUAUGUGGAAAGAGGCUUGUAGUAUUGCAGCGAGAACAAACACCCCAGUUCAGCAGUGUUUGUGUGACCUAGUGACUACGUCGAAAAUCGGAAGACUGCUCGAAGAAACUGAAUAUGAAGGCUACGAGGAAGCCGCAGUGAUGCGCUACCUUCACGACUUCGUUCACAUGGUCCACAAACCGACAGUUCCUGGAGAGGAAGAGCUGAUUAGUCAAGCUAUUGUCACAGCCGCUCGCGAGUUGCAUGAUGAGACAUGUUCGGAUGAGGAAUUCACCCUCACCAUCUCUUCCAUUCACGUGGCUUACGAUCGCAUCGAGAAACGUUUGGCGAACUUCUGCCAACUAGUACAGGCUCAACCAGAUAUUGUAACCAGCCUUCGGGAAGUUAUUCCUCCAAACGAAACGGAGAUGGUCCUUGAUGCCGUCGCCCUAGAGAUUUGCUUGUCCAAACUUGAACCUGGUGCUGAAGAGUUUGACGAUCCACAGACUCGCUUAGUGUGGUGUAACAGAGUGUUGAGUAUCAGAACAAGUGCUGAGAACAUGAUCAGUAAUCUUUCACAGUAUGGCCGUAAAGUAAACCACAUUCUACUUAAUUGCAGGUCAACUUGGCAGAGAGUAAGUGCUGUGCGAUUGUUUAUUGAACAUACCUGCCCUGGCACAGUAGCAUGCCACCCAGCCGAUGUGAAGAAUGUUUUCAAACUGUGGAAGGCAUUAGGUGAUGAGACAGACUUCACUAAACCGCAAACAAUGCUAGUUAUUGAAAAGUUUCUUGUGGAUUGCAGUGAAGCUGUUAGUAAACGUUAUACCAGUUAUGGUGUGAACACCUGUCCUGUGUGUCUGGAUGGUCUGGCUCACAAGGAUCCUGUUAAAAUGCCCUGUGGUCAUGUUGUUUGCCAUGUUUGCGUCACUAACUGGAUUGAAAGGGAGAGAACAUGUCCGUACUGCAAGGGAGACGUACCGGAUGAUUUCAAGAUCUUACCCACCAGAUUAAUAAGGAAAGCUGUUCGAGAACACUUCGACUUCCGUCGUCGGUGCAACUCCUUCUUCAUGGAGCUUGUCUCACUGUUCUGUUUUGGCAAAAAGGACGAUGAGGGUGUUAUGGAUCCUGAACUGUUUGAAAUGUUCAUGAGUUAUGUAAUAGAAGCCAGUUCAAAGACUAAGGAUUUUUCUCCUUUUCCGGAACAUGGCAUUGAUGCAACACCUGUGGUCAGAUCGUUUCUUCUACAACAACUCCUGAGAGCAGGUGACAAGGAAGUAAAAGAGCAUUUGUCACACUACUUGGCCAGCGCUCGAGAACUGAGACCAGAAGCAGGUCAUUUGUUACAAGUCUGUCAACUUUUUGUGCACUGUUGCGAGGACUCCCUGAUCAGCUUGUAUUCUAAAGCCUCGGACAAUUUGCUUGUUAUGAUUAAACUUGCUCAGCAACUUUGCGAUGAAUGUACUCCUUUGCUUACCUCCAACUCGCCACAGCAACACACUCGAGACCUCGAUGUAGAUGUUUUAGAAGCCGUUGCUAAAGCGCGCUAUGCUUUAGCAUUAGUUGCUAAGUUUAUGUACGAAAGUGUCACAGAAAAAGACGGUCCGUGGAAUGAUCUGGUUGUACAAAACGAAUUACAAAGCCUUUUUGAAGGAGCAAGGAGAAUGUGCUACAAGAGUCUGAGCCAGAUUCCCCGAUUGUACCUUCUGAGACAGCUGGCGAGGAGGUUUGGUGUGGAGUCGAUCAAUAUCUUGUGUGAUAAAAAGGAGUCUGAGUGGAUUUUGCCUCCAGAGAGUAGAGACAAACAGCAAGGAGAUAUUGUUCCUGAUAGGUUUAUUAUAUACGGAGAGGAGUACAAGAAAAUCAGAGAAGCUAUGGCAGAGACUGUGCUAAGUGGUACACCGAAGGAGUUGAAUAGCGCGCUCCAGAGCAUUGUCUUGCCACCUGUCGUGAGGGAUGUCAUGAUUUUGUUGUCAGAAUAUCGUGAAGUGACCACUUGCUAUGGUUUCACCUCCACUCAACGACAACUCUCCCCAAGAGCUCACCAGUGUUUUCAAGAAUUUAUAAGUGAAGGUGCUCAGCUUUCUGCUAGGGUCCAACAAUUCGCCAUUCAGCUUCUAAACAACACCCAAGGUGAUGCAGGGUUUCCUGGCGUCCGAGUAGCCCCCGGUCGAUCAGCUUCGGACCAAAGUUUGGCGGAAAUUGUUGUUCAUACCACUGCUGUGCUACAGUGCACAAAUCAAAUGACUAUUUGCGAGCCAUUGCGUCAACUUAUGGACAAUCCUGUAGCUUUGAUGAAUGCCUAUUUACCCACAAUGCCAGACGACAACCUUGAGGAAGCAAUAGCGGGAAUGCGUGAGACUGGGAGCUGGUAUCAAUGCCCAAAAGGACAUCCCUACUACAUCGGAGAUUGUGGUCGCCCCGUCGAGGUGAAGGUUUGCCCUGAGUGCAAGGUCCAAAUAGGGGGAGCUGGGUAUCGUCUCUCACAAGGAAAUACUGCGGCUCAGAGGGGGGAUCGAACAAUGACGGGCCACGUGCUUGGCCAUGCUAAUACCAGGUCCAGAAGUCUUGCUCCUGAAAGGAACUUGUCACCUGUUCUUGUCGGCAUUACACGGAUUCUUAUGCACUGUGCCAUGAUUGAAGGAGCCCACCGGCAUCCACAGAAUAUUUCCAACCUCAUCAAUCCGACAAUUCCACCAGCGGCAUUGACACGUUUUUUGUGGGAUCACCUGCGGUUGGACUUUGAAGUUCUCGCCAAAAGCCUGGGGAGGAGUGUGGACGACACGGUGCUUUGUAUCCACAUGGUCCUUGCACAGAUGACCGCGCAUGUCAAUAGUGCGCAACAGGCCGCAGACUUUGCUUAUGACAUGAGAUCGAAGGAGUCUCGGAGAGCAUGGGAAGCAGCUUUCAGUGCCACUGUUGUGACUCCAUUGUUAACGAACCUUGAAGAGAAAAUUCAACGGUGCUUACAAAUGUUGGUUAGUGACAAGAGGCUCGGUAACAAUCCCCUACUGCGUCAGCUGUUUGAGAUAGACGUCUCUACUGAAGCUCUGACUGGUGGUAUCCCUCCCACUUGCCCUGCCCUAUGGAGAUACCGGACUCAAGUGACUCUUGAUCACUUUGCGCACACAUUUCAACAAGAGGUAUUUUCCACUGAUCCUGAGAGGAACAAAGUAUUAGCGGAGUUUUUACGGCAGGAACACAAACUCCGCGCUCUCCGUUUUCUGCCCGACAUUAUAAAACUACAGCGUCUUCUGAUGGACAAAUUCCAUCGUCGAAUUGACAGGACUGAAGCACAGCGCAUGAAUAUAAGAGAAUUCCUGCGGAAUAUUCCUUCAAAAACAGAGAAAGAUGAACUUGCGUCACUGAUAGCGAGCUUUAACGUGGCAUGGAACCUUGUGCGGCUUAGUCUUGAUCAGCAAGGGCGUCUACGUCCUCCAAAGGACUUGUGUGACCAGCCCAUGGAUAAUUCACGUCCACUUGCUGUACUCCUGCCAAGUACCUCCGGCAUGGGUAUCUGUUCCACGGCUCUGGUAUUUUUCCUCACCAUGCUUCACAACGAGUUCAACGAAAGAUAUCAAAACUUGAUGGGCGGUAAAGUCAAAGACCUGUCCCACAUACAGCUGCAAGACGUGACAAGGUCACAUCUGAUUUCAUACGACACCGAACGAGAUCUUCUACCCCUUGUCUUGGCGCAGUGUAAUUACUCUCUAGAGGUGGGUCGGGGAACAUUGGUUCAGUACAACUGGGAAGCCCUUGAAAGACAGCUGAUUGACAGGUUCAUAAGGGGAAGACCACUUAUUGAUUUCAAGGACGAGAGGUUUGCAUUCAGCAAAGACGCCCAGUUAGACUCGGUUUUCACUUCCGUGAAAAACAAGGUCCGGCCACAGGUUCCAUUGAGUUCAGCAGUAAGCAGUCAAAUUCUAGGCGAGUUUCGCUCACUGACAGACGUCUGUGACGUGCUGACGUCGCUCGACAUUGCAAUCGGUUUCCUUUCCUCGACCGGUGGAUCACCUGAAAAGCCACUAAAUGACUACCUUCAACAUGUACUACGCAUGCCUCAACAAAAUAGUCUUCGCAGUCUCAAGGCACAGCAGUGUUGUCAGUUGCGACAUGUUCUCUCCUUCUGGCGACUGUUGACUUUAGAGAGAGCAAGGAUUUUAAUGAGGCGGGGAGAGGAUCCGUUCGAACAGAUCGCAGACACGUACAAGCAGGCCAUGCCACAAAGACUAAUGAUGAAGUUUAGCAAUAGUAUGAGGAGGAUUGACUCGGAUCUAUUCGUCCCCGAGGUAUUAGAAUUAAUCUUACUCAACCUCAGGGGAGAGGCGGUACCAGGCGAAGAAGACAUGAGCUUGAAAGACUUUAUCGAAUGGCAUCUUGACAACAAGGGACAUGAGCCAGUUACUGGACUGGACGAACUACCAACAGACGUGAAGCUGAAGCACGUGAUCAACGCAUGGGGAACUUCUGUUGAACUGUGGGACAGCUAUCUGGACAAGAGGGAUGCUGCUUCAGCAUAAAACUGCUGCUAUGUGUUUUUGUCCUACAUUUUUUUUCUUUUUUGUUCAAAGUCCCCAGACUUUACGUCGCUUUUUCUCUUAAUUUGAACUUUCCUCCAGUAGUAUUUGAAGUUCCUUUUUAGAUUUCAGCAUGAAAAAUUAAAUGAAAAAACUUAGUGGGAACGGCUGAAAUAACAUGAAAGUAUCUGAAGAGGGAGGUUGGUCAUUUUAUGAAACAAUUACUAUGGUAUCUUUUUUCAAUUGCUUCGUCUACGUUUAGACAUUUAGAAUAAUUUUGGCUUUCGACUUCUUAAAUUUUAUUUCUCGAUACACGAGUUGGCUUUCUUUAUUGAUUAUUCAGCGACUCAAUCUGAUAAUUACCAUACGUCAUAUUGUUCAACUUGGGUCGCUUAAUAUUAGCAUAGAAACGUAAAAAACAAUAUUAAAAAAUGUAGAAAUGUAAAAUGUGUAUGUUGGUACAUGUUAUAGGUAUAGGUAAUAAAACUUUGUGCGUAUGGUUGUUAAAAAAUUGCAAACAAUAAAAAACAAUUUAAAAAAAAAUAUUGGAGUUUUUAAUAGUAGCUUUAUCGCUACAAUAUCGCUAUUUUUCCCCACAAUGAAAUUAGUUUAAAUGAGCGUAAAGCGAGGAUAUCUCCAUAUAAAAAGAAAACGAAAAAAGACAAAUUGCAUGAAAACUUUGUUCUUCGUCCAUGUUUAAAACUCCAAAAUCAUUUGCAUUUUUUAUUUUUAUAGGUAAUAACAUGAUUUCGAUUGCAAUUUAGUGAAAAUAAGCACUACGGGCCCGUGCAAUUUGUAGUCUUUGAAAACAUUAUAUUAAAAAAGCAUCACAGAAAGUCAAGACAGACGUAAUUUUGACAGCACACGCACUUUUUUUUUUUAGCUGCACCUGAGUUACAAUUCUGCACUCAUGUUAUAUGAAAAAUGCACUCGUCUGUGUUUGAAGUGCAGCCAGUGGUACUUUUAGUUAAUUGAAUUUGUUCUUCAGUUGCAAUUUCAAAUAUCAGAAGUGUUUCAAAUAGAUCUGAUGCCAGCGUAAGAUUUAAAGUAAGGUGGCAUUCUCAGAUUCCCUAGGUUCAUGAAGUUCACAUAAUCAUUUUUUCUUCAAAACUUUACACUCAUUUUUGCAAAAUGCUUGAUAUAGAAGUUUAGACACUUAAAUAUGCAUCUAGAGAUCAGUUUUCUGGUUAUAGUUUGUGUAUAUAGACCUACACAUAAUUUUUUCAGACAAUCAUCCUACCAAUUCAAAGUAAAUUAAACUGUUCUAAGGGUUUAAGUUUUGCUUCUUUUUGGCUUUAGAGAGAAAAAAAUGUGUUAUGUAAAAUAAUAGUGUAAGACGCAAAGGCUGAAAAACAUGAUUGUUAUCAGGUUCCAUUGUGGGCUCUGAAUAAAUUGUACCGCUAUC